ACUGUAUAUUAUAUAGGGUGGAAGGAUCCCUGUACGCUGGACUGCCCCUGAGGCUAUAUCUCAUCGGAGCUUCACUACAGCGAGUGAUGUAUGGAGCUAUGGUGUGCUCCUGUGGGAGACAUUCUCAUUUGGGGAAACACCAUAUGAUGGAUGGGAUAACGCAACAAUAUUUCAAAGACUAGAAAAUGGAGAAAGACUUCACCCACCGAGAGGAUGUCCUGACGAUCUCUACAAGAUAAUGCAAGCCUGUUGGAACAUUGAGCGUUCAGAGAGACCCACUUUUGAAAACAUUGUUGAAUGCUUUGAAGUCAUACUUUUUGGGAAACCUAAGCCGAAACCUAAGCCGGCUCACCUUCAGUCUCCUAAUAGGCCUAUUCCUCCUACUACUUCAAACUCUUCUGCUCCUAAUGGAAACAAUAAAGCUGCUGACUCAAUAGACGAAUUAUUAGGCUCAAUUGGGAUGACGAGAUACAUAGAUAUAUUUCAUGCAAAAGGUUUAUACAAUGUAGCAGAUUGCUUUGGGCUGAGUGAAGAUGACCUCCAAAGGAUGGGAGUGACAUUAAGCGGACACCAGUAUAAGAUUGUUAAGAACAUUCAUUUGAAAGAGGAGGAGCUUGGGAGAGUGUCCCCUGAUUUUAUCUAACAACCUUUUCUUGCUUUCUUUAUUUCUUUCUUUCUCACUUUGUAACUCAUUAAGCUUUUUGUGUUACACAUUAAUUGUUUUGGUGAAAUAUGGAAUACGUUAAUUGUUUUCGUUUACUAUUA